AGGCCCCGAACAAGGCGCGGCGAGCCGGCCGGGGCGGGCGGAUAUCCGGUACGAACGUAGCCGCCGCCACUCGUCUCCGUCGAGCGGCACGGCCAGACGGUGGCCUGACGCGGGUGCUAAUUUGGUGGCCGGACGGACCGAUGGGCACAGGCGGGAAGAGAUGCCGGACGAGAGAUGUUUUUUUUUUUUUUUUUUUUUUUUUUUUACCGAAAUGACCCGAGAGCCAAAGACCCGGAUAAAAAAAUAAUGCAGUUUAUACGACCGCCGUUCUUGGUGAAAAACAUGCCGAUCACAUCAGUUUCACAGCAGACAUUUGGACAAGUGAUGUCAAGUAAGCAUGAUGGCACAGUGGUUAGACGAUCAUUUCAACAUGCACCAAACCGCAGUCACAAGAAGUCAGCCGGUUUUCACGACCAUAUCCCGAUGACACUCACACAGGCCUUCUCGGAGCUGCAGGUGAAGAUGAUCGACACGCAGCAGAAGGUGAAGCUGGCCAACCUGCAGAUCGAACAGCUGACGCACGUGCAGAAGCACGCCAACCUCACGCACGCCGAGAUCGAUACGCUCGGCGACGACACGCGCAUGUACGAGGGCGUCGGACGCAUGUUCAUCCUGCAGUCCAAGGAGGACAUCGCGCGACAGCUCCAGACCAAGCAGAAGACUGCUGAGGAGAAAAUCAAAGAACUGGAGCAGAAAAAGGCGUACCUGGAACGCAGCGUCAAGGAGGCGGAGGACAACAUUCGGGAGAUGUUGCUGUCCAGGAGAGCUCAGUGAAUUGUUUGCGCAUUAAAGCCACAGACGGACGCUAACGGCAAAGAGAGUUUUUAUUGGCAAAGUCACGUGUGGUCGGGCUUGUUGACAAAGUUGAUAGAAUAGGAGCCCGUGUCGGCGUCCCGGUCCACUCGGAAGUUGCCGGUGGACAGGCCGAACGGUCGCA